CUUCUUCAGGUUCUCGAAAUGACUGCUUCAGUUUGGAGCACAAUUUUCUUACUGCUCCUUCCGAUUGUUUGCAAUGCUGCAAACACAGUUUUGUUAGAAAACCUGCAGUCCAUCAAUGAAGGGAAUCAAGUAAUACGUUCAACAGAAUAUACUACCUCAACCAACAGAUUAUCAUGUUUGUUGCCCCGAAGCACUUUUACUAUCACCGUUGAUCAAAAACCCGAACCAGUGGAAUUCAACGUUAUUGCGAUGUUAUACAAGCAAGGUAAUAAAGAAUAUUUGGAAGCAUUUGCAACCGAUAGCUGUGAUGAAUUUGUGCGUAACAUCAAUGCAAAUGGUGACCAAAUCGAAUACCAAGUUUCUCCCGGAAAAGUAGUGAAGGUAUUCGGCCAUAAAAGUGAACUGAAGGCAAGUCCUGACUUUAAAAAAUCACCGUGGGAAAAAAAGAGUCGUUUAGAACCAGCCACAGAGCGGCCGAGCCCAUCUCAGCCCCCAUCGAAGCCCAGUACUAGUGGAAGAAGUACACGCCCACGGGGUACACCUCAGCACCCUAUAGGACAAAGCAGCCUUCCAGUAGGAAGUGGUAAAAGCUUUCCGACCACAUCCCAGCCCUAGAAAGCGCAAAAGGAAGUAAAUUGUGA